GUUAAAGAUAACAAAAACGAAAGCCUUGAGUUACAUGAGCGCAUUCGGCUGCUGUCUGACAGGCUUGGGUUGGAUCCCAGUGAAAGAGACCAGUUCCUUGCAACAGCUGAUGGUCACACACCAUCCACCUUGGCUAAGCUUCGAGCUGAAUUGUCUCGCUUGCAAGAGCUGAAGCAACAGAAUAUGGCACGAUUCAUAAAUCAGCUGAGAAGGGAGCUUGAGACAUGGUGGGAGAAGUGCUACAUAACUGAUGAAGAAAAGAAUGCAUUUUUACCAUACCUCUCAGAAGUCUAUACAGAGGAAAUCUUGGAAGCCCAUGAUGCAGAGGUUCAGCGGCUGCAAGAAUAUUAUACAGAAAAUGAAAGGCUUUUCCUUAAGAUAAAGCAAAGGCAGGAGGUCUGGAACAAGUUGAUGGAACUGGAAGAGAAAGCAAAUGAUCCAAACAGAUUGUUUGGUAACCGUGGAUGUUCACUUUUGCAAGAAGAAAAGGAACGAAAAAGAGUCAGAAAUGAAUUGCCUCGGAUAGAAAAAGAACUUGAAGAUUUAGUGUUGCAGUGGGAAGUAGAAAAAGGGAAGCCCUUCCUUCUUGGAGAGCAGAGUGUAUCAGAGUAUAUUCAGAAUCAAUGGGAGAAAUACAAGAAUCAAAAAGAGAAAGAAAAGAAGGACAGA